UGGACAUUGUGGAACAAGCUCUUGCUGCUGGGGAAGUUGUUCUGAUUGAGAAUUUGGAAGAAUCCGUCGAUCCAGUGUUAGGUCCAUUGCUGGGUCGAGAGACAAUAAAAAAAGGAAGAUUCAUUAAAAUUGGAGAUAAAGAAUGUGAAUACAACCCCAGCUUCCGACUAAUUCUUCAUACAAAACUAGCCAAUCCCCAUUACCAGCCAGAAAUGCAAGCACAGUGCACCCUCAUCAACUUUACUGUGACUCGGGAUGGUCUAGAAGAUCAGCUGCUGGCAGCAGUUGUAAGCAUGGAGAGGCCUGACCUGGAAGAAUUAAAGUCUGAUCUCACAAAGCAGCAGAAUGGUUACAAAAUUACCUUGAAAACUUUAGAGGACAACUUGCUGUCCCGUCUCUCGUCUGCCUCAGGGAACUUUUUAGCAGAUACUGCCUUGGUGGAGAAUCUGGAAGUCACUAAACAAACAGCUGCGGAAAUUGAAGAUAAGGUCCAGGAAUCCAAGAUAACAGAAAUCAAGAUUAAUGAGGCAAGGGAACAUUACCGUCCUGCAGCAGCUCGUGCUUCCCUGCUGUAUUUCAUCAUGAAUGACCUCAACACCAUCAAUCCCAUGUACCAAUUUUCUCUAAAGGCAUUUAAUGUGGUCUUCCAGAAAGCUGUCUUGAGAGCUCCACCAGAUGAAAUCCUGAAACAGCGAGUAAACAACCUGAUUGACAGCAUCACAUUCUCAGUCUUUCAAUAUACAACCCGUGGACUCUUUGAAUGUGACAAACUGACUUACACAGCCCAAGUCACUUUCCAGAUACUUCUGAAGAACAAAGAAAUCAGUGCAAUGGAACUUAACUUCCUGUUGCGAUAUCCUGCCCAAACAGGAGUCACCAGUCCGGUAGAUUUUUUGACAAAUCAAUCAUGGGGUGGCAUCAAGGCCUUGUCAUCCAUGGAACAAUUUCGGAACUUAGAUCGGGACAUUGAAGGGUCUGCCAAGCGCUGGAAGAAGUUUGUGGAGUCUGAAUGCCCUGAAAAGGAGAAGUUCCCUCAGGAGUGGAAGAAUAAGUCAGCUUUACAGCAUCUCUGUAUGAUGAGAGCACUACGACCUGACCGUAUGACUUAUGCUGUCCGGGAUUUUGUGGAAGAAAAGCUUGGGAGCAAAUACAUCGCAGGACGAUCUCUGGAUUUUGCAACAUCGUAUGAAGAGUCAGGACCUGCGACCCCCAUGUUCUUUAUCCUCUCACCUGGAGUGGAUCCCUUGAAAGAUGUAGAGAAACAUGGAAAGAAACUUGGCUACACAUUUAACAAUCGGAAUUUCCAUAAUGUCUCACUGGGGCAAGGUCAAGAGAUAGUAGCAGAACAAGCCCUCGACCUGGCAGCAGCGAAAGGACACUGGGUUAUCUUGCAGAACAUCCACCUGGUGGCCAAGUGGUUGAGUUCUCUGGAGAAGAAACUAGAGCAGCACAGCGAAGGUAGUCACCCUGAUUUCCGGAUCUUUAUCAGUGCAGAACCUGCAGCUUCUCCUGAAAGCCAUCUGAUACCACAAGGUAUCCUAGAGAAUUCCAUCAAAAUCACAAAUGAACCUCCAACUGGGAUGCAUGCCAACCUGCACAAGGCUCUGGACAACUUCAACCAGGACACACUGGAGAUGUGCACCCGUGAGAAUGAGUUCAAGAGCAUCCUUUUUGCCCUCUGUUAUUUCCAUGCUGUGGUAGCAGAAAGGCGCAAAUUUGGCCCUCAGGGCUGGAAUCGUGCAUACCCAUUUAACAUAGGGGACCUCACCAUUUCUGUCAAUGUUCUAUACAAUUACUUGGAGGCCACUUCUAAGGUCCCUUAUGAUGACCUCCGGUACCUCUUCGGAGAGAUCAUGUAUGGGGGUCACAUUACAGAUGAUUGGGAUAGGCGUCUCUGUAAAUCCUACUUAGAAGAAUUUAUCAAGCCUGAAAUGUUGGAAGGAGAGUUCUUAUUGGCCUCUGGAUUUCCCCUCCCAGGAAACAUGGACUACAAUGGUUAUCAUCAGUAUAUAGAUGAUGCCCUUCCUCCUGAAUCUCCAUAUCUAUAUGGCCUCCACCCCAAUGCAGAAAUUGGCUUCUUAACCCAAACAUCAGAAAAGCUUUUCCGUACUGUUUUGGAGCUACAACCUCGAGACACUAAUCUUGGAGAAGGUGUAGGAACCACUCGGGAAGAGAAGGUGAAGGCGCUGCUUGAUGACAUCCUGGAGAAAUUAACGGAUGAGUUUAACAUUACUGAGCUGAUGGCCAAAGUAGAAGAGAGAACACCAUACAUUGUGGUUGCCUUCCAAGAAUGUGAGCGCAUGAACUUUCUCACUUGUGAGAUUAAGCGGUCAUUGAGAGAGCUGGACUUGGGAUUGAAGGGUGAAUUAACCAUGACCAAUGAUAUGGAAACUUUACAGAAUGCCAUCUUCUUAGAUAUGGUGCCUGAAUCAUGGACCAGGAGAGCUUAUCCUUCUAUGUCUGGUUUAGGCAGUUGGUUCACUGACCUUCUCAAUCGCAUCAGAGAGCUUGAAACAUGGAUAGGAGACUUCGUGCUACCAUCGGUGGUGUGGCUGGCAGGAUUCUUUAACCCACAGUCUUUCUUGACAGCCAUCAUGCAGUCCAUGGCCCGAAAAAACGAAUGGCCUCUGGAUAAAAUGACCCUGCAAUGUGAUGUGACUAAGAGAAACCGUGAAGAGUUCACCAGUCCUCCACGGGAAGGUGCAUAUAUUCAUGGCUUGUUCAUGGAGGGUGCACGCUGGGAUAUGCAGACUGGAUUAAUUGCUGAUGCCAGACUGAAGGACUUGACUCCACCCAUGCCGAUUAUUUUCAUCAAAGCCAUCCUUGUUGACAAGCAAGAUACCCGCAAUGUAUAUCCUUGUCCUGUAUAUAAAACCCGCCAACGGGGUCCAACCUAUAUUUGGACAUUUAACUUGAAGACCAAAGAGAAACCAUCCAAAUGGAUUUUAGCAGGGGUUGCUCUCCUCCUGCAAGUUUAGAUUUCAGUUCACUUCUCUUUUUCUAGCAAAAAAAAAAAAGGUCAUCUUUUCUUAUUUGGUAUUUGCUUCAGAGAAUGAAUGAAUGCCCAGUGUUGUUUUAUGCUUGUAUACAUCUUUCAAAAAAAAUGAAAGACGAGUUGAAUUAUCUUCAAGCACACCACAGGGUUUCAAGUUUAUUACAUUUUUAAAUAAAAGGUGCCUACUUGGUUUAUGUACCAUAAAUAAGUAAUAACUAUUAUCCAAUUUACAAAACAGGGGACAUGUUUAAAUAAUAGGUAAACAGAAAUUCAUGUAAGCCAGUCUUAGGUCUUCAGCUACGUUGGGACUGUAAUUCUCAAAAAUCCCAAUUAGCAUGGCUGUGCUAAUUGAUAUUUCUGGAAGUUGUAAUCCUGGGGUAUUUGGAGUGUACUUUCAGCGUGAAAAGGCUGGCUUCAGCUGAAACAUUCUCGAAUGGUGACAUAACUAUUGCAUAAGCUUCAAUGGGAAGACUACUCCAUCAACAGAGAUCCAGAUCAGUAAUGGGUUUCUAGCGGUUCACCUCGGUUCAGCCAAAGUGGUAGUGGCAGUGGCGGCAGGCUCCACCCACCCACUCAGACAUCAUCAUGGACGCUUUGUGCAUGUGCAGAAGGUUCUGCGCAUGUGCAGAAGUGCUGCACGCAAGCAAAGUAAGCACAUGCACGCACAUGCUCACAGUUCCGAACUGGUAGCAAAGAUAAGUGGAACCCACUACUGAUCCAGAUCCUAAAAAGCUUCUCUUCCCUGUUUCCUUCCAGCCACAAUUCAUUUGGCAGGGAAUGGCCUAGAAUGGAAGGGAUGGGAAAGUGUUUGAAAUGAAUGGGUGUACUGGUCCUAAACCAUGAGAAGCUUGAAAGAUCAACACCACUGUGUUGAAUUGUAUAUAAAAACAUACAGCAAGCAUUUCAAACCCCAUUUUCUGAAUAAUUGUAUUUGCUAAUUAAGCCUCAAGUCAUCAAAUGCAGAAAAGAGCGAUGUUUUUUAGUACUCCUACUACUGUUGCAUGAUGUAAAGAGAAAGUGCUGUUGUGCUGGAUUUUUUUUUUCUCCAGAGCCAAAGACUUAAAAAUGAGUCUUUCAUGCACUUUGAGGUGUAAAUGAGUAUGUUUGAGAUGUUUCUUUACUGAUGGUUCAUGUCCUAGCAAUGCAGAGAAAAAGUGACAAGGUUAUUAAACAAGGCGAAAUCUGUAAUGUAGAAAGUAAAUGUAGGAGUUUGGAAUGGAACAAAUUUGUUUAUAAAAAUAUAUAUUUUUACUCUGUUGUCAAUGAUGGCCUUCUCCUGCCCCCUACUUUGCAAAGACAUUGUGCUUUCUUACUGCUCAAAUUAUAUGUGUCUGAUUGCACACGUUAAGUUCAUACCUGCUUGUCCAAACCAGCUUUUUGAGUUAGUGGGAAAACCAUACAAGAGAGUUCAUAUUAAAAGCUUAAAUAAGGAUUCCUGUAAUUUUCCUUGAGUGAUCCCAUGAUUUCAAAACACUAGUUGCUUGUUAUAAUACUGUUGUUUUUGAAGUUUCUAUGAGGAUCCUUUUUACAUUUUCACUAUAGUUAACGUGGUGUUCCCCGAUUAGGUGAAAAUAUGAGAUAAGAAUGUCAUCAGGACACCUAAUUAUUGUUAAUAAAAUAUCAACAAUAGUGACAGAAGAGUCACAGCAUACAUACACCCCUCCCCCCCCCGGGAAUGAAAACAGCUCUCUCUGGAGAUAACUUGUCAUCAAAACAAUCUCCAACCAUGAUAGGUGAUUCAGAUGGGGGCUGGUAAACUAUUAUCAAAAUCCAUGGCGAGAGACCAGAUUUAUUUGUCUCCAAGGAAUGUAUCUGAUUACUGACAAAGAAAUACCAGUGUGCACUUAGCGUAUGAGAUUAUUGCCAGUACAAAUGCUUUGUUAGAAUCUGAAUUGCUUUGCAUCAUAAACACAAUGCACCAAGAAUCUUAAAUCUCUAGCACAAACACAGCCUUAUUAUUUUGAGAAGCUUAAGCAUUUGUUGGAGGAAAAAAAAUCUCAGGAAAAAAAAUCUUAACACUUUAAAAUCCAUGCUUGAGAAACUGAGUUGUAGCUCCCUCUGCUUUUCUAUUCUUUUAAAAAAAAUGUUUAUAUAAGGGAAUAAGACAGGAUACCGAUAUGAGUAAUUACAUCAACUAGAUAUGUAAUGCACUCUCUUGCAAUUCACUGCUUUGAUGAAAAAUUAAAUGUCAUUA